AUGAUUUGCAUUGAUGUUAUACUGCAGUCGAGUUUGUACAGAGGUGUUUCGAGAAAAGAGAAACCAAGACGUCAUCAUGGGUUAAAUCAGCAGAAGAGGCAAGAGAUCAAGGAAGCUUUUGAGCUAUUCGACACUGAUGGAUCUGGUACCAUUGAUGCGAAAGAGCUUAAUGUUGCUAUGAGGGCUCUCGGUUUCGAAAUGACAGAAGAGCAAAUCAACAAAAUGAUAGCUGAUGUGGAUAAAGAUGGAAGUGGAGCCAUAGAUUACGAUGAGUUUUACUAUAUGAUGACUGCUAAGAUCGGGGAAAGAGACACAAAGGAAGAGCUCACCAAAGCAUUCCAGAUCAUUGAUCUUGACAAAAAUGGGAAGAUAUCUGCUGAUGAUAUUAAACGCAUGGCAAAGGACUUAGGCGAGAACUUCACAGAUGCUGAAAUACGUGAGAUGGUUGAAGAAGCAGACCGUGACCGUGAUGGUGAAGUUAAUAUGGAAGAAUUCUUGAGGAUGAUGAAGAGAACUGCUGCUUAUGAGUACUAA